UCCUGUGCGACACGACGUCACUUCCGCUCUCUCGAUGCCCAAGUGAACGUUGGAGAGCAAUGGCGGCGUGCCGGGGAUCCUCGUCCAAAUGGUUCUUCACCCGGGAGCAGCUCGACAGCACGCCGUCCCGCAGAUGUGGAGUAGAACCGGACCGGGAGCUGUCUUACCGUCAACAAGCGGCGAACCUGGUCCAAGAUAUGGGUCAAAGACUGAACGUCUCACAAUUAACAAUAAAUACCGCCAUUGUUUACAUGCAUAGAUUUUAUAUGCAACACUCUUUCACCAAAUUCCACAGGAAUAUAAUAUCUCCAACCACCUUGUUCUUGGCCGCGAAAGUGGAAGAGCAACCUCGGAAACUCGAACAUGUGAUCAAAGUGGCACAUGCUUGCCUGAAUCCCCAAGAGCCGCCUCUAGACACAAAAAGCAAUGCAUACCUCCAGCAAGCUCAAGAGCUGGUGAUACUUGAAUCCAUAGUGCUGCAGACCCUGGGCUUUGAAAUUACUAUUGAUCACCCACACACUGAUGUGGUGAAAUGUUCCCAGCUAGUGCGAGCAAGCAAGGAUCUGGCACAGACUUCCUAUUUCAUGGCUACCAACAGUCUACACCUCACUACCUUCUGCCUCCAGUACAAACCCACCGUGAUCGCCUGCGUGUGCAUCCACUUAGCCUGUAAGUGGUCCAACUGGGAGAUCCCAGUUUCCACUGAUGGAAAACACUGGUGGGUGUACGUGGAUGGCUCUGUCACACUCGAGCUGCUGGAUGAGUUGACCCAUGAAUUCCUGCAGAUUCUGGAGAAGACACCGAGCAGGUUAAAGAGGAUACGCAACUGGAGGGCAACUCAAGCUGCCAAAAAGCCCAAGACUGACGGCUCCCAGUUGGAUAACUCCUUUCCAGGGCCUUCCAUGCUUCAAGAUCAAGGGGAUGCCUCUCUCUCUGGAGUGUCCUCCGGCAACCCAAGUUUUUCCAAAGCUGGCGGCGUCUUCGGCGCAUCCAUGCCUGGCUCGUCCGGAGAUACAGGCCUGUCUUUGGGCGCUCUGACUGGCCCAUUCAAUCCAGCUAGCCAUAGUGAGUGGCCUCAGGCCAACCAGAGUCAGACAGGGUUUCCUUCUACCUGUGUGAAACAGGAACCCCUGAGCAUCUCUAUCCAAGAGCCCACACUGUCCUUGCAGACCUCCACCUCCUCUUUGCUUCAGCAUCCGCCACUAUACAAGACUGAGAAAACAGACUUUAACCCAGUCAAACAGGAACAAAAAGGAGCUGGUGGGGGCAGUGUGGGCAAGCAUCAGCCACCACAACAGUCUGCAUACCCUCCACCAGCUCCUCCACUACAACGCUCUCCAGCUCAGAAGCUUUCUCUUGAUAAAUAUAGAGAGAAGCAUGCUGCAGAGCUGGCGGUUUCUGGACAGAAACGCAGUCACGAACAGCAUGGUGGAGUCAUGGACUGUGAUGUGAGGGGGGAUAUGUUGUCUUCCUCCUUUCCUACCUAUGCACCAUCCACUACAAACCAAGUAGACCAUAGAAAACAUUCACAGCCCCACCAAACAUCCCAUGGUGGUGGUAGCACUUCCACUGCCUCCCCAAUCAAAAUGAAAGUCCCUUCUACCUCCUCGGGGCAAGACAGACGUCAUCAUCAUGAAAAACGGGACAAAGGCUCACUUAAGCUCCGCCUAGCUGUUCCUGGUGGCAGCUCCCAGCUGGAUAAGAGUGGACAAGCAAGCAAGGAUGAGCUUAAGAUGAAGAUAAAACUUUCCUCAUCAGAGCGUCACAGCUCCUCGGAUGAAGGCAUGGGCGCAAACAACAAGAGUAAACAUUCCAGCCCUCUGGUGACUAAAGAGAAACAACAUAGAGGAGCAGAUCACAGCCUCCAGCGCCAUCAUAAGCACAGUCAUCCACACUCUCAUAGCGGAAACGGUCGGGGAGGCCCAGAGGGUCCAGGUGGCGGGGGAGGCCUGCUGCGGGGUCCUCCAGGACUGGUCAACAUGGAUGGGGCGACGCUUGCUCCUCCUGGAUCCACCUCUUCUUUACCUUCAUCCUCAUCACGAAGAAGGGCAUACCCAGAUGCCAGCCACAACCACCACCCUUCCUCCUCAUACUCCAGUUCCUGCUCCAAAGUGAGCAAAAUCUCCAAGGGUGGCACUGGUGCUGCAGGUGGGCUGCGGACCUCUCAGCAGUACCCGCCUACUAGUGAGUCGCCACAUGAAGUGGGAGAGCAGAGACACUGAGUCCACCACUCUUCAGCCAUGGACAGCACAUGGAAAUGGCAACAAAGUACCCGGAGUGUACUCUGACGACUAUGCUCACCUCCCUGUUAAGUGCCCUAGAAAAAAACAACUUUGUGAUGAUUAACCCUUUACUGAAAGGCAGAAAAAUGUAUCUGCAAAAAAAAAAAAAAAAAGUGUUGGACUUAUUUCUGAGACAAGAAAGAUGAAAAUUAUGCUUCCUUACUGUCAGACCUCUGGGUUGGGAUGCUCAGUCCUGUCUUUUUGUUUAGUUUUUCAAACUGCUGCCUGGUUUUCCUUCCUCUGUGAGUCUAGGAAUGUACAACAGUGCGUUUGUGUUUUCACUGUGGGUGAAAGUCCCUCCCUACAUUUCAAAUCUCCACAUGGGAAAAAAGUAUUAAGUACAACUAAAGGCAUGAAAGGUGCACUCUCUUCAUUCUACUCCUGUUUUUUAACAAGUAAUUUAAUUGAAUCACAUUCUUACAGUUGUAUAGAGGAUGCCAGUGGCCAGAUGGAGAUGAGUACAAGUUACGUUUGCUGGCAUACCAUUUGGUACUGUUCAUGGAUGCUCCUUUUUUUUUUUUUUUAGGUGUAAAGUUUCAUCUCCUCAAAUACUUUUUUUGUGUUGAUUUCUUUUUAUACAUAAGUAAUGUGCGUAUGAUUUGCAUGUUUCAAUCAUCAAAGGGAUUUGAAAGGAGAUUGCGUACUUGCUGUUUACAGAAAGUUGAGAUAAAUGUGCAUACGUUUUUGUAUGUUAAAAGAAAAAAAAUGAUAUACCAUGACUACUCAGGUUUUGAGCUGCUUGUAAGUAUAACGAGAUAACUAUUAUACCUAUAAAACCUUUAUUUUGUUGAUCAAAGGACUGGGCAUCAUUAGUUGAAUGAUUGCAGCAUUCCAGUGAUUGUGCUUCUCACAGCCUUCCUGCAGAGGGUGUUGUAAUGUGCGUUUUCCACAACAGGAAAUAUCUGUUGAUGCCCUCAGUAACACCGGCACCUACAACACCUACUUACCACAUCACAGCCAUGCAAUUCUACCAAAAAAAAUAAAUAAAUAAAUAACUUUUUGGACCAUAAAGUAGACCUGAAGCUGGAUUCCAAAGGCUGUGCCUCCAAAAAGAAUAAAACAAAGAUAAUAGUAGUGUGCUAUUAAAGUUUACAGAACCCUUUUUACUUUGAAGUGCAUCAGACACAAAUACUGACUGAGCUGUGGCCCUUUAAGAUGUCAAACUACAAAGAGGACACUUGUGUUAAUCAUUUACAAUAAACAUGUCAAGAAUAUGCAGAUUUAGAAACCUCCAAUCUCUGCGUCUUGGGUAUUGCCAGUUUUCCGACCAAGAUACAUAACUGCUCAAAUACAUCAUUACCUUGGUUUCCUACAUAAAACAAACAUUUGACCCCCAUCCUUUUAAUUCUCAACUGGUUGACGAGUUUCUGUUAAAGUGUGACUAAAAGCUUGAAAUAGACAAAUAGAUUGUUAUUUUCCUUUUCAAAGAUUCAAAGAACAAAUGCAGAUGUGGAAAAAAUGAGACUCAGCCCCUUUUUAUAUCCGACUUUCUUUUCAUUUAAAUUUUACAAAUAAACUUCAAAGUUGCCACUACCCUGACACAGUAAA